UUAAAGACGAUCGACGCGUUCAGUCGAUCCAACGUUUCUACCUGCGGCAGGUGAGUUCACUUCCUGUCUGUGCUGUUAGACACGUGCUUCAGACUGAGACCAACUGAAGACCGUUACUGUCGUCAUGGAGCAUCAGGACACGCAGACGAGACGCCUGAUGUUCAGCGAGGGAGGAGCGAUGGGGGCUCAGGCCUCGUCAGCGGAGGCGGUCCACGUCGUCGUCGUCGGCGGUGGAUUCGGGGGCGUCGCGGCGGCUCAGCAGCUGAAAUCCAGAGGACUCAGUUUCACUCUGAUCGACAUGAGGGACGCUUUCCAUCACAACGUGGCGGCGCUCCGAGCGUCCGUUCUGCCCGGCUUCGCUCGGAGGACCUUCAUCCCGUACGCUGAGACGUUUGGAGACAGUUUUGUUCAGGGCCGCGUGGAGCGAGUGGACAGCGAGCGACAGACGGUCGUCCUGCAGGGGGGGCGGGAGAUCCAGUACUCCCACCUCAUCCUGUGUACUGGGACUGAUGGAGCGUUCCCCGGGAAGUUCAACGCCGUGGCGUCGUAUCAGACCGCCGUCCAAACGUACGAGGACUUCGUCAAGCAGGUCCAGGCUGCAGACUCGGUGUUGGUGGUCGGAGGGGGGUCGACCGGUGUGGAGAUGGCUGCUGAGAUCAAGACCGAGUAUCCAGACAAAAAGGUGGUUCUGAUCCACUCCAGAAUCGGGCUGGCCGACCCGGAGCUGCUGCCCAGCGUCAGACAGCAGGCCAAACAGGUUCUGCUGGACAAAGGGGUGGAGCUGCUGCUGGGUCAGAAAGUGUCCAACCUGUCGGAGCUGCGGCUGAACGUGACCAAUAAGAACACAGUGGUCACCACAGACAGAGGAGACACACUGACCACAGACCUGAUCAUCAACUGCACCGGACUGAGGGUCAACUCUGCAGCCUACACCUCCAGCUUCUCCGGCUGUAUGGCUGAUAACGGAGCUCUGAAGGUGAACGAUCACCUGCAGGUCGAAGGUUUCUCCAACGUCUUUGCGGUGGGCGACUGCGCCAACGUCAACGAGCCCAAGAUGGCGUACCACGCUGGACUGCACGCCGCCGUCGCCGUUAGCAACAUCGCCAACAGUCUGAGCGGGAAGGAGCUGACCUCAUAUCAUACAGGUAACGUCACCAUGUUGCUGGCGAUGGGACGGGAUGACGGCGUGGGUCAGUUUAACGGGCUGAAGUUGCCCCGUUGCCUCGUCACUCUGGCGAAGAGUCGAGAUCUGCUGCUGUGGAAGAGCUGGAGGGAGAUGGAGCAGAAGCAACCCUGAGCGUCUACGGUUCAGGAGGGUCUGCGGCUCACCUGUCGCUCAGGUGUCAGGAAAUCCGUCUUCCACUUCUCAAAAAGGGUCUUGAUGAACUUUAGAAGUGAAACACAUGAAGACACCCUGAACGCCUCAUUACCUUCACCUCUGAAGGAGGAGCAUCAUCACCGUGUUUACCUGCUUUAACGAAGCCUGACUCACCUGUUUGAGUCACCUGAAGCUCCGAAACACUUGAAAUGAAGCACAAACAUGUAAACAGCUUCUUUAUUGUAUUUUUUCAACAAAUAAAAAGAUUUGA